AUGCGAGCUCGAACCGUGUCGGCCGCCGGGCUGAUCGUCACGCGCACGACUUCAACCCCGACGACCGUGUGCUCACAAUGCCUCCGCGAUGACCUCCUCCUGUCUCCAUUCCCCAUCCAAUCCCGCAAAUAUCACCCAACAAGACGGCGGGAUGCAUCGCCAUUCGGCGCCGCCGUGUCAGCCGCCCAGACCAUUUUCAAGGGCCUGCCCAAGGCGCCUGCGGGCAUCUCGGUCGACCCUCUGCGAAUUGUCGGCAAAGAGUUGAAAUUUAUGAGCAAAAACAUUCGCCAAUUGCUGGGCUCGGGCCACCCGGCCCUGGACAAGGUCGCUAAAUAUUAUACCCACAGCGAAGGCAAGCAUAUGCGGCCAUUGCUGGUUCUCCUCAUGUCCCAGGCGACAGCAAUGGACCCUCGCAAACUCCCGGCUGACCAGGCCAAUCCCAACCCCGUCGAUAACCCCCCUCACCACCAGUACAACAUUGCCGGUGACGAUAAUAUUCUCCCCUCGCAGCGCCGACUGGCUGAGAUCACAGAACUCAUUCACACCGCUUCCCUCCUCCAUGACGAUGUCAUCGAUAACGCCGUCACCCGCCGCGCCAACAGCUCCGCCAACACGGCCUUUGGAAACAAGAUGGCCGUUCUGGCAGGCGACUUCCUCCUCGGCCGUGCAUCUGUGGCCCUGGCUCGACUGCGCGACCCGGAGGUCACUGAGUUGAUGGCGACGGUCAUUGCCAACCUGGUCGAAGGCGAGUUCAUGCAGCUGAAGAACACGGCCCAAGACGAGUCCAGACCCGUCUACACCGACGAAACCCUCAACUACUACCUCCAGAAGACCUACCUAAAGACCGCCAGUCUGAUCAGCAAGUCUUGCCGCUCUUCAGCCGUGUUGGGUCGGUGCGCCCCCGAGGUUGUCGAGGCUGCCUACGCCUACGGCCGCAAUCUGGGACUCGCGUUCCAGCUGGUGGAUGAUAUGCUGGAUUACACUGUCACCGAGGCGGAGAUGGGCAAGCCUGUUGGUGCUGAUCUGGAGCUUGGUCUGGCAACCGCUCCCCUCCUCUUUGCAUGGAAGAGCAACCCCGAGCUGGGUCCUCUGGUUGGACGCAAGUUCCGCGAGGAGGGUGACGUGCAGAAGGCGCGUGAGCUUGUCUACCAAAGCAACGGCGUGGAGCAGACUCGCCUCCUGGCCCAGGAGUAUGCCGACAAGGCCAUUGCUGCCAUUAGCGAUUUCCCUGAUGGAGAGGCCAAGUCCGGUCUGAUUGAUAUGUGCGCGAAGACUAUGAACCGGCGUAAGUAG